UUUUUGGGAAGGUGGUCCUGAGUGAGGAGAGGAGAAAAAAAGAAAAAAAAAAGAAAAACAGCGUCCACAAGAAGCGAAAGAAACGACGAGGACAGUUUCCAUGUUUUUUUCCGUCUCUUCUCGUUUUUAAAACACCUUAAAGGCAGAAACGCGGAGCUGCGGGAGACGUUUAGAGCAAGUUUAGGUGACGGACGGAGCGCUACAUGUGACAUGUUGGUCUUUCGGGGGGAGAAAGUUGUGAAAGUUGCGGGGUGAAAAUGGAGAGCUCAGCUGAGUGAGAGUGGGGUGAGGAGGCUGUCUUUGGCAGAGCUGCGAGUCCUGCCCUUCUGCUGCUGCUGCUGCUGUUAGCACCAUACUUAGCACCACUCUUAGCACGUCCCGCUAUCUGCGGAGAAGUUUCUGAAGAGGCUCCCGCUGCUGUUACUCAGCCUGUGAUCCUCCAGGGGAGCUGCUUUAUCUGUGGCAAGACCACUGCUGACACUGCAACUUCUACCAUUGGAUCAAAGCAUAGCUGAUGGUCUUCGUUUCUGUGGAAGUUUUGCAUGAAUCCAGAGAAUGGUGUUACAUUUCUCCUUAAAGCAACCAUACUUUAGAGGCUCUGGAUGAACGCCACCUCCCCUGAUCAAGGUUUUUUUUCUGUGUGUGUACAGUGAGCAUCUACUCUUACUGCUCAUGCACUUUUCUCCACAACUGUUGACGAUUCAUGGCAUCUGACAUGGCGCCCUGCUAGCUUCUUCAGGGGGAUUGAGCUGCCGCCUGGAUGCUGACGGUGCCGCUUGGCCGAGUGUGUACAAGAGCCAUCAGCGCAGGUCUGUAAAGGAACAUAACAGCUGAUGAUUAAGUCCUUGCUGGAAGAGUCGAGGCGGCCGCUGCACUUGCCAAAAUGCUUUCUUGAACUCUGACUUUUUAAAGUGGACUUGAGUGGAUGUAUCAGUGAACUCUUGACUGCUGAUGCCAGCUCGUUGGCUCUGGAGUGGGUGUAAUCUGCUUUAUUCAUGAACCGUCUGUCUCCGCGCGGGUACGGCCUGGAUGUUGGAUGCCCUGAGGUUGUUAAAUCGGCUGUUGCGGUGAUGAGGCAGGGCUCCUGGUGGCCUGUGUGGCUCGCUGGGCAGUGGCCCAAGGUGAUGUGAUGGGUUGCAGGAACAGUAAGGUCCUCCCUGAGCCUCCAGGGGAUGUUCAGCUGGACCUCGUCAAAAAGGUUGAUCCUCCCCCGCCCCCUCAGACAGAUAUCUUUAAGCACUUCAUACGAGGGGAUGGCGCCGGAAGCAAGAUGGGCAGGGCCGGUGACAAGGCCGACUCAACCUCCCCAUAUCAGGCCCUGGCACAGGCCGCCACUCCCACCGUCUCCGCUCAGACGCCCAAGGACCCGUCCGAACUGUCGGACCCGCAGCGGAAGAAGGUGGCGAAAUAUCGAGCCAAGUUUGAUCCCCGGGUCACCGCCAAGUACGACAUCAAAGCUCUGAUAGGACGGGGGAGUUUCAGCCGCGUCGUCCGCGUGGAGCACAAGAGCACGCGGCAGCCGUACGCUAUCAAGAUGAUCGAGACCCGUUACCGCGAGGGGAGGGAGGUGUGCGAGUCGGAGCUGUGCGUCCUACGGCGCGUCCGUCACACCAACAUAAUCCAGCUGAUGGAGGUCUUUGAGACGGCGGAGCGCGUCUACAUGGUGAUGGAGCUGGCCACCGGGGGCGAACUCUUUGACCGCAUCAUCGCGCGUGGCUCCUUCACGGAGCGUGACGCCACCCGGGUGCUCCAGAUGGUGCUGGACGGCGUCAAGUAUCUCCACACUCUGGGGAUCACUCACCGCGACCUGAAGCCAGAGAACCUGCUCUACUACCACCCGGGCGCCGACUCCAAGAUCAUCAUCACCGACUUUGGUUUGGCGAGCAGCAGGAAGAAGGGUGACGAGUGUCUGAUGAAGACCACCUGCGGCACGCCGGAGUACAUCGCGCCCGAGAUCCUGGUGAGGAAGCCGUACACCAAUGCGGUGGACAUGUGGGCGCUGGGGGUGAUAUCGUAUAUCCUGCUGAGUGGAACCAUGCCCUUCGAGGACGACAACCGCAUGAGGCUUUACCGGCAGAUCCUCAAGGGGAAGUACAGCUUCUCUGGAGAGCCGUGGCCCAGCGUCUCCAACCUGGCCAAAGACUUUGUGGAGCGGAUUCUGACGGUGGACCCCAGCGAGCGGCUCACGGCCGGCCAGGCGCUCAAGCACCCGUGGAUCGUCAGCAUGGCGGCGUCGUCGUCCAUGAAGAACCUCCAGCGCUGCAUAUCGCAGAACCUCCUGAAGAGGGCGUCGUCACGCUGCCACAGCAUCAAGUCGGCGCAGUCGACGCGCUCCAGCCGCUCCACCAAGUCCAACAAGGCGCGGCGGGUGCGGGAGAAGGAGCUGCGCGAGCUGAACCGGCGAUAUCAGCAGCAGUACAACGGCUGACGCUGACGCCUGCCGCCCUUGACUCUGGAUUUCUCUAUCACCGUUUUGUGAUUAUUCUAAAAACUGAUCCCCGAUCUAUGAAGACAGUGAAAAUAAUGAGUUCUAUAUGACACGGUGUGAACACAGAAGGACACACCGGAACAAACGUACUGUACUGCAACGGUUACAUCAUCAUCUCUUCGUCCAUUCCUUCACCCUCUCUCUGGCUGGACGGCGCCUCCCGCUCCUCCCGUCCCCGUUUUUGUGCCUCUCACUUUCCUGUGUCUCUACAUAUUUAUUUAUUAUUAUUAGUCUCCAUUGGAAUGGUCACUGGAUAAUGACCUUCCGCGAGGAUCUGUUGAACAGAGUUCUGGGUACUGAACUUUCUAAAAAGAAAAAGAAAUCGGGUGGAGAUCAAACUCCCCCUUCACUCAUUCCUGAUUGAAAAUUGCUGUGAAUUUAUUGUUGUAGUACUUGUACAGACCUUGUCUCGCUUUAGAUGUGGGUGAUGGAAACACACUGCAAAAAAAAAGACCACACCCCUGAUAAUCCAAAAUGAAGGCAUGUUGUUUUUAUUAUUUUUAUUAUUAUUAUUAUUAUUAUUAUUAGUCACUUCUAAGCUUAUCUAAUCUUGCCAUUUUUUCCCUCUGAUGAUAUUCUGAAGCUGUCAAAAGAUUGUGAAGCUGUUUUAGUCUUAAGUGUAAAUCUGUCACAUCCCAGUUUAUUUUAAAGUCGUGGUGAGCCUGUUAAGUCAUUAAGUGUUCGGAAUGGUACGCGGCCAUUUGUGGGCGCUGUGUAAUCGCAGUGAGAACGACACAGUGAAGGCAAAAUCAUUCAUAGGUGAGAGAUAGGAACUUUGUGUCGUGACCACCAGUCCCUUUUGUAUGUUAAACUAAAGCCCACUUAAAGGUACAGUGUGUAAAAUUUGAGUUUCAGGUCUGAGAAAGGAUGUUACAAGUAACGUUAUAGGUGACUAUCCAAAUACAAACGUAAUCUCUAAGAGGCUGAGAAGG